CCUUUUUGUCUUUGACAGUCUUCGAACGUACAGAGUCUUAAAGACUAACCUCAGCAAUCGUGGCUCUCAAACGUGCAAUGACGCAUUACAGGAUCGACAUUGUGUCCGACACAGUAUGCCCCUGGUGCCUGGUCGGCAAGAAGCGCCUCGAAAGCGCCAUUAGCCAGCACAAGGCCGUCUACCCCAGCGACACUUUUGCGACGACUUGGUGUCCUUUCUACCUGGAUCCCACCGCGCCCGUUCCCGGCGAGGAUAAGCAGACGCGCUACGAACGCAAACUUGGCGCGCAGCGCACAGCUAUGAUUCAGGAGCGGCUCGCGCAGGUUGGCCGGGAAAACGGCAUCAACUUCAAAUUCGGAGGGCGCACCGGCAACACGCGCGACUCUCAUCGACUGAUCCAAUUGGGGAAAACCAAAAGUCCAGAGCUUCAGACCCGCGUCGUUGAAGAACUUUUUGCUGCUUACUUUGAGAACGAAAAGGACAUUACCGACCAUGCAAUUCUGCGGAGCGCUGCGGUUAAUGCUGGCUUGGAAGAGGCUGAAGUAAACGAGUGGCUGAGUACUGAUAAGGGAGGAAAAGAGGUCGAUGAGGAGGUGGCGAAGGCACAGAUGCGAUUCAUCUCCGGUGUCCCCAACUUCACGAUCCAAGGAAAAUACCAGAUUGGGGGCGCUGAGGAGUCAGCGACAUUCUUGGAGACUUUUCAACAGAUCAAGAAGUCGGAGUCCUCGUAGAUACAGCCGAGACUGGUUGCAACAUUAGGCCAGACAGAAAAUUCCAAUUGUCAAGAAAAGGCGCU